GCGGCCCCGGUCCCUGCGGGCGCCGCCGCCGCCGCCGCCGCCGCCACCGCCACCGCCGCCGCCUCCGCCUCCGCCGCGCGCGGGGUGGGGACGCGUGCCAUGGAGGAGACGCCGCCCCCGCUGCAAACCGGCAGCAAGCCGCACCUGGAGAAGCUGACCCUGGGCGUCUCCCGCAUCCUGGAAUCUUCUCCAGGUGUGACAGAAGUGAGCAUAAUAGAGAAGCUGCCUGCUGAACGUCAUAUGAUUUCUUCAUGGGAACAAAAAAACAAUUGUGUGAUGCCUGAAGAUGUGAGAAACUUCUAUUUGAUGACCAAUGGUUUUCAUAUGACGUGGAGUGUGAAGCUAGAUGAGCACAUCAUUCCACUGGGAAGCAUGGUGAUUAACGGCAUUUCAAAACUGACUCAGCUCAACCAGUCUUCCAUGUACUCACUUCCUAAUGCACCAACUCUGGCGGACCUGGAGGAUGAUGACGAAGGCAAUGAAGAGCAACCAGAGAAACCUCACUUUGAUUGUCGCAGCGUGAUAUUUGAACUGGAUUCGUGCAAUGGCAAUGGGAAGGUUUGCCUCGUCUACAAACAUGGGAAACCUGGAUUAGCUCACGACACUGAGAUCUGGUUCCUGGACAGAGCAUUAUACUGGCAUUUUCUCACAGAUACCUUUACUGCCUAUUACCGCCUGCUCAUAACCCACCUGGGCCUGCCCCAGUGGCAAUAUGCCUUCACCAGCUAUGGCAUUAGCCCACAGGCCAAGCAAUGGUUCAGUAUGUACAAACCCAUCACCUACAACACAAGUCUGCUCACAGAAGAGACCGACUCCUUUGUGAACAAGCUGGACCCCAGCAAAGUGUUCAAGAGUAAGAACAAGAUCUUAAUCCCCAAAAAGAAAGGGCCUGUGCAGCCUGCCAGUGCCCAGAAAGGACCUGUGCCUGUAGCUUCUCCUACCCCUAAAUCUUCCUCUGGCUCUGCAAAUCCUAUCCGAAAAUAAGCAUCCCAUCAACCUCAGAGCAGUGAUAUCAGAGCACGGAUGCCCUGGGGUGGCCCCAUCCUCACACACUUUGUGACUGCAGGCAUUCUCCAAAGGCCAAGAGUUGGAAAGCCCACACUGAAUUAUCCCCAGGAGUUCUUUAACCCCGUAAGUUGUGCUAAUUCCUUCUCCAAAACCAGCUAAGACUUUCAGAUGUAUCUAGAGGGUUUUGUUUCCAUGUCUGUACCCAAUCCUUAACGAAGUCUUAGCAGUAGUUAAAGAGGUCCUUCACAAUAAACCCACGGCUCAGCUCAUGAAACAUCGGUAACCACCUCAGAUAGGAAAACUUUACACCCUCAGGCGCAUUGGUCACAUCCCAAAUAUGCACAUGAUAGUGGAUUCCAGAUUGGAUAACCCUGGGAUAGCAUUUCAUGCGAACAUUUUCAAACUGUUAAUGUAUAAUGUUGAUGAUGUAAUGCUAUAUGUUUUGAGAAGACACUUUUCAGAGACACAGUCUUGUGUUCUCUACAACGUAUACCAUAAACAUAUCUCACUUGAGUUUCUUUUUUUUAAUUCACUAUAAAAUCCCAUGUUCCUAAUCAUUUACCUAUAAGGAAGUUUGUUUCCAGCUUUGUUGUUGAUAUGUCUAUAUUUGCCAAAACCAUCUUUUUAAAGAUGCUGUGUUUUAUCUGUUAAAGCCCCUGGUAUUCAUUUGCAGAUAAAGAGAGUCUGUUCACAAGAA